AUAUUUUGAGUUGGCACGGGUAGAAUUCUCCCUUGACCCGCUUUUGUUUAUCCUACUGCGUGUUUCGUAAAAGUGGCUGAUAUCGCUUCACAUUCGAAGUGCAAGAAGAGCAGGAAACGAUUGUUUGACAGAAGGUAAAUACGUAUACAAUCAGUUUUCAAAACCAUGAUGGGAGGCCAGCCAAUAUAAUGAAAGAUGGAUGUGUGGAGUGAGCACGCAACAUCUAGCGAAAUUCUAUCACCAGACACUUGAUUGGCUGAAGUAGGCAAUUGCGCAAUUGCUUUCAUCAAAGGAUAAACCCCGAAAUUCUUUAAACCGAAAAAGUGACUUGAAUUUGGUGUUGUUGACUCUAGUUUCUCUUCUCUACUCUUUACAAACAACUAUGGCCAAUACUCCUCACGGUGGUGUCCUCAAGGACUUGUAUCUUCGCGAUGCUGACAAGCACGAUACUCUUCUCGCUGAAUCUGAGCAGCUCCCUUCCCUUGAGCUUGAUGACCGUCAGUUGUGUGACUUGGAACUUAUCCUCAACGGUGGUUUCUCCCCCUUGGAAGGUUUCUUGAACCAGAAGGAUUAUGAAGGUGUUGUCGAGGAUAUGCGUCUCGCUGAUGGCCUUUUGUGGUCUAUUCCUAUCAACUUGGAUGUUAGCCAGGAACAGAUUACCGAGAUUGGUAUCAAGGCUGGAGCACGUAUCACUCUCCGUGAUCCUCGUGAUGACCAAGCCCUUGCCAUCUUGACUGUUGAUGAUGUUUACCGACCUGACAAGGCAAAGGAGGCUAUCAACGUAUAUGGAGCUGACGAUGACGCACAUCCAGCUGUCAAAUAUUUGCACACUAUUGCCAAAGAGUUCUACGUCGGUGGUAAACUCGAAGCCAUCCAACCCCCUAGCCACUACGAUUACGUUUCUAACCGAUUCACCCCAUCUGAACUCCGUGCUCACUUCAAGAAGCUUCAAUGGACUCGCGUUGUUGCAUUCCAGACCCGUAACCCAAUGCACAGAGCUCAUCGUGAAUUGACUGUCCGUGCAGCUCGCGCUCGCAAGGCCCAUUUGUUGAUCCACCCUGUUGUUGGUUUGACCAAGCCCGGUGAUAUCGAUCACUACACUCGUGUCCGUGUCUACAAAGCUCUUAUGCCCAAGUACCCCAACGGUAUGGCUGAAUUGAGCUUGUUGCCAUUGGCUAUGCGCAUGGGUGGUCCUCGUGAAGCCAUCUGGCACGCUUUGAUCCGCAAGAACCACGGUGUUACCCACUUCAUCGUUGGUCGUGACCAUGCUGGCCCUGGUAAGAACUCCCAAGGUGUUGACUUUUACGGUCCAUAUGAUGCCCAGGAUGCUGUUGAGAAGUACAAGGAUGAGAUCGGAAUUGAAAUUGUUCCUUUCCAAAUGGUUGCUUACUGCCCUGACACUGAUGAAUACAUGCCUGCUGAUGAAGUCCCCGCUGGUGUCAACACUUUGAACAUCUCUGGUACUGAGCUCCGUCGUCGUCUGAAGCAAGGUCUCCCCAUCCCUGAAUGGUUCUCUUACCCUGAGGUCGUCAAAGUCUUGCGCCAAGCCUACCCUCCUCGUGCCACUCAAGGUUUCACCAUCUUCUUGACUGGUCUGCAUGCAUCUGGAAAGAACUCCAUUGCUCGCGCCUUGCAAGUUUCUCUCAACCAGCAAAGCACCCGCUCCGUCUCCCUUUUGCUCGGUGAGACCAUCCGUGCUGAACUUUCUUCUGAACUUGGUUACACUAAGCGCGAACGUGACAUCAACGUUCAACGUAUUGGCUAUGUUGCCGGUGAAUUGACCAAGGCUGGUGCUGCUUGCAUUGCCGCUCCCAUCGCCCCCUAUGAAGCUGCCCGCCAAGGUGCCAAGACUGCCAUUGAGAAAUAUGGUGGUUUCUAUUUGGUCCAUGUUGCUACCUCCCUCGAAGAGUGCGAAAGCCGGGAUAGAGAAGGCGUUUACAAGAGAGCUCGUGCUGGUGAAAUCAAGGGUUUCACCGGUAUCGAUGACCCCUAUGAGACUCCUAGCAAGGCUAAUCUCACUGUUGAUAUCUCCAAGCAGAGUGUCAGCCAAAUUGUUCAUGAGAUCGUCCUCAUGUUGGAACAAGAUGGUUACCUCGGUUCUGCCUAAUUUUUUUUUUAAAACAAUGCUUUUUUCCAUAUUGUGUUCUUCACGCUAAUCUAUAUACUAUAGACAUAGAUCACUGACAUAAAACCCUUGUAUAUUUCUUAUUUCACUUCCACCAUACAAAAAAUCAAUUUUUGAAAUUAUUCCAUA